GAGCGGGCGGAGCGGCUGCGGGAGUUGCUGGGAGUGCGCGCGGUGGGAUCACAAGGCGGCUUUGGAGGCCCAGAGACCUGAGCGUGGAGACCUCAGCCCGCGGCCUACACGGAGUCCCCUCUCCACUGGAGGACCAGGGAACCGCAGUCUUCAUCACAGAGGUACCGUGCUCCGCGCUCCCUGCCCGGCCCUGCCCAGCCUGCUGCGGCGGCGCCUCCUUCCUUCCUCCUUCCCUCGCUCUCUCUCUUGCCCGCCCGCGCCUUCCCUGUCUGCCUGCGUCACCGCGGCCGCCAUGGCUGAGAACGGCGAGAGCAGCGGCCCCCCGCGCCCCUCCCGUGGCCCUGCUUCGGCCCAAGGCCCUGCCUCUGCUCCGGCCGAGCCCAAAAUCAUCAAAGUCACUGUGAAGACCCCCAAAGAGAAAGAGGAGUUCGCGGUGCCCGAGAAUAGCUCAGUCCAGCAGUUUAAGGAAGCGAUUUCGAAACGCUUCAAAUCCCAAACCGAUCAGCUAGUGCUGAUUUUUGCCGGAAAAAUCUUAAAAGAUCAAGAUACCUUGAUCCAGCAUGGCAUCCAUGAUGGACUGACUGUUCACCUUGUCAUCAAAAGCCAGAACCGACCUCAGGGCCAGUCCACACAGCCUAGUAAUGCCGCGGGAACUAAUACUACCUCCCCGUCGACUCCCAGGAAUAACUCCACACCUCUUUCCACAAAUAGCAACCCAUUUGGUUUGGGGAGCCUGGGAGGACUUGCAGGCCUUAGCAGCCUGGGCUUGAGCUCAACCAACUUCUCUGAGCUCCAGAACCAGAUGCAGCAGCAGCUCCUGUCCAGCCCUGAGAUGAUGAUCCAAAUCAUGGAAAAUCCCUUUGUUCAGAGCAUGCUUUCGAAUCCUGAUCUAAUGAGGCAGCUCAUUAUGGCCAAUCCACAGAUGCAACAGUUGAUUCAGAGAAACCCAGAAAUCAGUCACCUGCUCAACAACCCAGAUAUAAUGAGGCAGACCCUGGAAAUAGCCAGGAAUCCAGCCAUGAUGCAAGAGAUGAUGAGAAAUCAGGACCUGGCUCUCAGCAAUCUCGAAAGCAUCCCAGGUGGCUACAAUGCCCUGCGGCGCAUGUACACUGACAUUCAAGAACCCAUGCUGAAUGCCGCACAAGAGCAGUUUGGGGGUAAUCCAUUUGCCUCGGUGGGGAGCAGUUCUUCCUCCGGGGAAGGCACGCAGCCUUCUCGCACAGAAAAUCGAGAUCCACUACCCAAUCCAUGGGCACCACCACCGGCUACCCAGAGUUCUGCGACCACCAGCACAACCUCAAGCAGUGGCAGUGGCAGUGGGUCUGGUAGUAGCUCCACCAGUGCUACCGGGAACACCGUGGCUGCAGCCAAUUAUGUUGCCAGCAUCUUCAGUACCCCAGGAAUGCAGAGCUUACUGCAACAGAUAACUGAAAACCCCCAGCUGAUCCAGAAUAUGCUGUCUGCGCCCUACAUGAGAAGCAUGAUGCAGUCGCUGAGCCAGAAUCCAGAUUUGGCUGCACAGAUGAUGCUGAAUAGCCCCGUGUUUACUGCAAAUCCUCAGCUGCAGGAGCAGAUGCGUCCCCAGCUCCCGGCUUUCCUACAGCAGAUGCAGAAUCCAGACACACUCUCAGCUAUGUCAAACCCAAGAGCAAUGCAGGCUUUAAUGCAGAUCCAGCAGGGGCUACAGACAUUAGCCACUGAAGCACCUGGCCUCAUUCCAAGCUUCGCUCCAGGUGUAGGGGUAGGGGUGCUGGGAACCGCUAUAGGCCCUGUAGGCCCAGUCACACCCAUAGGCCCUAUAGGCCCAAUAGUCCCAUUUACACCCAUAGGCCCCAUUGGGCCCAUAGGACCCACUGGCCCUGCAGGUCCACCUGGCUCCACUGGCUCUGGCGGCCCCCCUGGGCCCACCAUAUCUAGUUCUGCACCCAGUGAAACCACAAGCCCAAUAUCAGAAUCUGGACCCAACCAGCAGUUCAUUCAGCAAAUGGUGCAGGCUCUGGCUGGAGCAAAUCCUCCACAGCUGCCGAAUCCAGAAGUCAGAUUUCAGCAACAACUGGAACAGCUCAACGCCAUGGGGUUCUUAAACCGUGAAGCAAACUUGCAGGCUCUAAUAGCAACAGGAGGCGACAUCAAUGCUGCCAUUGAGAGGCUGCUGGGCUCCCAGCCAUCGUAAUUACAUUUCUGUACCUUGAAAAAAUGUAUCUUAUUUUUGAUAAUGGCUCUUAAAUCUUUAAACAGACAAAAAAUUCGUGCUUUACUUUCAUUUUGAUUAUUUUAAAUCUGUCUAGUUAUAAAUCUAAUAUGCAUUUUAAGAUAGAAUCCAUCCCUCCGUCCCUCUUUGUUUCCUUCCUUCUUUCCUUCCCUCCCUCCCUCCCUCUUUGUUUCCUUCUUUCUUUCCUUCCCCCUUUCCCUCCCUCCCUUCCUUUCUCAUUCCUUCUCUGUUUUGAUGGUGGGAAUCAAUGCUGUUUCACUCAAAGGUGUUGCAUGCAAACACUUCUCUUUAUUCUGCAUUUAUUGUGAUUUUUGGAAACAGGUAUCAACCUUCACAGUUGGGUGAACAAGUUUUGUCCUACAGAUGUCCAGUUUAUUUGCAUUUUAAACAUUAGCCUAUGAUAGUAAUUUAAUGUAGAAUGAAAAUAAUGAAAAACAAAAGCAAAUUAUUUGAAGCUCUCUAAUUUGUGGUACAAUAUUGCUUAUUGUGACUUUGGCAUGUAUUUUUGCUAGCAAAAUGCUGUAAGAUUUAUACCAUUCUUUGAUCUUUUUUGCUAUAUUUGUACCCAGUACAGUAAGCACAAUUUGAACUGUACAUCUGGAAAUAUUACAACAGAAUCUCUGAGCAGAAUAUGUGUAACCAAAUUGAGAAAAAAUAGAAAUAUUUCUGGAGCUAGGUAUGUCUCACAAGUUUGUAGAAUCUUACAGCAUCUUUGAUAAACUUCUCAGUGAAAAUGUUGGCUAGGCAAGUUCAGUUAAAAUAUAGUAGAAAUGUUUAUCCUGGUAUCUCUAAAUAUACAUUUAAUUGUACAGAAAACUUACAGUGUGACAUUGUGUCAACAUUUGCAGAUUGACUGUAUAUGACCUUAAUCUUUGUGCAGCCCGAAGGAUCAGUGUAGUAAUGCCAGGAAAGUGCUUUUUACCUAAGACUUCCUUCUCAGCUUCUCCCGUAAAGAGAUCCUAAUACUUUUGAUUUGUAAUUGGAAAUGUAACUUUCACUGAAAGUGUCAUGUGAUGUUUGCAUUACUUUUAACUGCUAUGUAUAAAGGAAACUGUAUCUUUGGACUCUAUCAGUUAUUUCUCUUGUGCACAGGGAAAAAUGCAUUAAAAAUGACUAAAAAAAUAAAAAAAUUAAAAAUGGAUAAAUCUUUUCCUUUUUGCCUUCUGGCCCUAGGAUCAUGUUUAGAAGGAUUGCCACACCCCAAGUUUUAUAUAAAUUUUACCCUAUAUCUAAUUUUAGUGGUUUUGUUAAAAAAAAGUUCCUUUUCCCUAUCUGGAGUUAUUUUGAUGUAUGGGUUUAGGUAUUCUUACGUUUUUUCCCUCAAAGAAUUAACCAGUUGUUAGCCAGUAUUUGUCUCAUUGUCCACCUCCCUCAUUUGAAAUGUCACACAUAUAUACACUUUCUUCUGGGUUUGAAUUUUCUUUAGUACCACUGAACAUUGUAGCCCCAGUAUACCAGGCUAUAGUUAUUGAGUUAGAAAUAUAAUUUCAUAUCUGUUAGGGCAAGUCCUCCUAUUGAUCUUUUUUAAUUUUAUUUUUCACAAUUUUCUGAUUAUUCUGACAUGUUUGUUUUACUAGAUGAACUUUAUAUUUAAUCAAUUUCCCCUCC